AUGUCAGCCGCCAUUUCUCGAGCCCGUGUCCGGCCGGACAGAGCAUUGCACCAGCAUUGGGUCGACGACUGUGUGCAACAUGUCAGAGACACACACAGCAAUAAUGAUACGAAGCAUGGAAACAACACUCUUACAAGGAUACAGGCUCAGUCUAGGCAUUCUCCAGUCAAACUCAAUGGACGCGAUCGCUUCGAAAAGGCUGCGAAAAACAUGUUCAAGCUCAACAAAGCGCACAAGGUAUACUCGCUCGCCGCGUACUUCACCUUUCACGAACCAGCUACGAGCGCUUUGAUGUGGAAAUGUUCACUCAUGCACCACAUGAAGCAUAACGAUAGUUUAUUUAAGCGCAACUUCAUUAGCAUGCUGUCCAGUCCUCACUUGGUUGAACCAAGUUAUACGGAUUAUGUGGUCUGGCGUCACGCAAUUCAGCUCGGUCUCCAAGAUGACGGCUUCAUGCAAAAGCUGUAUGAAGCCUGUUGCACGCGGCAGUUGAGUGAAGGCCAUUGGAAAGAGUUUUACACGACAUGGCUCAUGGGCCUCAUGUCGACAGAGGCAGAUCAUGCUUUGCAAGUCUAUCUGUGGCAUCGCAAACUUCAGCGAGAUGGCCUUGGCACAGGCUCCAUUGACUGGCGACGGCUAUGCUACGCCAUGUGCACAUCUCACUCUCCAUCCAAGCUUAUCUAUGGCUUACAUAGUCUGCUGCGACAAGCGGGCGCGUCGCCACAUUUUUACAUGCCCGUCAUGGACUAUCUCGUCAGUCAGCGGCGAUUUGAAGAAGCGCAUCAAGCGCAUUUGUACUUCUUUGAGCAUGCCGACUUGCCAGAUUAUUCCGCGCAUUGUGAUGCGCUGCUUCGCUUCCACCUGCAGCAUUCCACGCCAGAUGUGGUACAAGCAUUCAUUCGACAGCUUGAGACUUUGCCUCAACCUCUUGCUCAAUCGACUCAACAGCUGAUCGCUGGCUUCCAUGCAGUCUCACAAGACUAUGGACAGCUCUCGACCAAGACUGACGAGGAUAACUAUUGGGCCGCUGCAUUGUUGGCUCUUGCAGAUGCCGGCAAUCCACUAGACCCAGUCCUGCGACGUAUGCAAAAGUUGGGCUGCUCGCUUGGUCCAGCAAGUCUCCAGGCAUGUUUGUUUGCUGCUAGGGAUCUGGAGCACGCCAAGAAGCUCAUUACAAAGAUGAUGGUGCAAGGCUUUCGGGUCACUGCGCGUGGCUACGCAAUCCUAGUACGCUUCAUUGCAAAGCACGGAGAUGGCCAAAAAGCACUCAAAAUUGUUCGAGCGUGCGUAGAGCGUGAUGCUCGCCUUGCAGAUGUCGAGGCCGUCUCAAAAGCAGACACUGAUUUUCUAUACCGCAACCUGAUUCUCGGUCUACUCGAAGGCCGACAUUUCCAUCAGCUUGAAACCAUGCAUCACGAUCUCGUCAACGGCGGGCAAGCAACCUCUGAUACAUGGAAUCUCCUGCUGCGCUCUCGAAUUGUCAAUUUUCACAUGGACGAUGCCCUUGCUGGCUUGGAAGAGAUGUCUAUCCAAAAUCUUGUUGUCGAGAAUGCCACUGCUGAAGAAUUCUCCAUGAGUCUAUUGCGAGUACGUCGCCCUGGCUCACUUCCCGAUGUCAUGGACAUGGCAGAUCGCCGACCCCAUCUCGUCGACAUUCGGCUGGCCAUCCAAGCAGUCAGCAAAUGCCUGCGUACAGGCGGUCGGGUACAGCCUGAGGCUUGGCGGGAAAUUUGCAAACGGCUUGGCAUGUAUGGCGAGUUCAAGACGCUGGGUACCGUUAUGGAUUGGUUAAUUUAUCAGUACGGCCAGCUCCAAGAUCCCAAUCGAAAGCGGUUCAUGCGGCCAACGCGAACGACGAGUCAAUUGUCGCCGACUCACAAGGAUGCGCUUUUGCAACGGCUACUGACGCAACGAGAUGUGGGCGCGACAGUCACGCGCGGGUUUUUGACGGGCAAGCCAGUUGAGGCGCUUGAAUUGCUCCUUCGCUGGAGCCAGCAUACACUCGUGGAUCCAGAAGUGGUACAAGCACGGAUAUCAGUCGGUAUUCGUGCACUCGCUCGCAAACCCACAUGCAGGAGCUAG